AUAGAUGUUUGGAUUAUUUUAACAAUGUAAUUUGCGUUUAAAUCAAAACGCCAAAGCGCGUCGAAUUCAAAGGCGAUCGUGGCGCUGAAAUGCAAUGCUCGAGCUCAAUUCUAUUUCUGAAGUUUAUAAACCGUGAUCAGAAUCGAAAUCUAAAGCGUGUGAAGACACUUUCAGCGUGUGAAGAACCAGUGUUACAGGAGAUAUCCAGUCGUUUCAAUGCAUUCAUUCAUUUUAAUUCACAAUAAAGCCAAGGACUCUUCGAACAGAGGCCAUCAGUAGCCGAUCUUUCACUACAACAGAAACAGAAAACACGCAGAUCACAAACCGAGUUUAGCGAGUGACCAUGAUCAUCGCGUCGCGUUCUGUUCGAGACUAGCCGUGUCUUCUCCAUGUGUCAGAAAUGAAGGAAAAGUCCAAGAAUGCUGCGAAGACACGAAGAGAAAAAGAAAAUGGAGAAUUUUAUGAACUGGCCAAACUGUUGCCGCUGCCCUCGGCCAUCACAUCUCAGCUGGACAAAGCGUCCAUCAUCAGACUGACCACAAGCUACCUGAAGAUGAGAGCCGUGUUUCCAGACGGGCUCGGAGAGGCCUGGGGUCAGUCAGCGAGGGUCAGUCCUCUGGACAUCAUGGCCAAAGAUCUGGGAUCACACCUGCUGCAGACGCUGGACGGGUUUGUGUUUGUCGUCGCGCCUGAUGGUAAAAUCAUGUACAUUUCAGAAACAGCUUCGGUACAUCUGGGUUUGUCACAGGUGGAACUGACCGGUAACAGCAUCUUUGAGUACAUUCAUCCAUCAGACCACGACGAGAUGAGCGCCGUGCUGAGCGCACACCAACCGCUGCAGCCACACUUCCUGCAGGAGCUGGAGCUCGAGCGCUCGUUCUUCCUGCGCAUGAAGUGUGUUCUGGCGAAGCGGAACGCGGGACUCACGAGCGGCGGUUAUAAGGUGAUCCACUGCAGCGGUUAUCUGAAGCUCCGUCAGCUGCUGAUGGACAUGCCUCUGUUUGAGUCGUGCUAUCAGAUCGUGGGGCUGGUGGCGGUCGGUCAGUCUUUUCCUCCCAGCGGCGUCACCGAGAUCAAACUCCACAGCAACAUGUUCAUGUUCCGCGCAAGUCUGGACCUCAAACUCAUCUUCCUGGACAGCAGGGUGGCUGAGUUAACGGGUUACGAGCCGCAGGAUUUGAUUGAGAAGACUCUCUACCAUCACGUCCACGGCUGCGACGUCUUCCACCUGCGACACGCGCAUCAUUUACUGCUGGUGAAGGGGCAGGUCACCACCAAGUACUACCGAAUGCUGGCCAAACACGGCGGCUGGGUUUGGGUGCAGAGCUGCGCCACCAUCGUUCACAACAGCCGCUCAUCUCGGCCACACUGCAUCGUCAGCGUCAACUAUGUCCUCACCCAUGUGGAAUAUAAACAGAUGCAGCUCUCUCAGGACCAGAGCAGAUCCAGACCGUCUCUCUCAUAUAAGACCUCGAGUCUGGUGGUUCCUCAGGACUCACGCAAACAGCUGAAAGCCAAAGCAGCCAAAAUCCAAAGCAAACCCAAAGCUCCCCCGUAUCCACAGGUAAGAGCGCUCGCAGGCUCACCCGGGAACGGUUUCCAGACCUCUCUGCAUGCUGAUGAAGCGGAGUGUCCUUCGUGGAAGUCGAGUCCCUGCAGCCUGCCAUCCUGUCAGCAGCAGAUGCACAUCCCCGAGCCGUCCUACACACACACACCUGCGCAGACACACCUGUCCCGCAGGGAAACACCCUGGAGCUGCGUACACUCAGGUUCGGCGGGUGAUGCAUUCACAGCCCAGCUGCUGCAGAGUGGCUACAGACCCGGCGGGGCGUUUAAAGAGGAGUCGGGUCAGAACCGCAGCAGCAGAGAGCAUCAGACGCUCCAGGGCUUCGGCCAGAACAGAGAACUCUCAGAACAGAUCCACACAGAGGACAAGAGACUCCUGGUGUCCCAGAGCAGAGUCUCUCUCAACCUCCAGCACGUCUGGGCCAAACACGUCCCAUCAGGACCCUACACUCUCAGCCACUUAACGGAUGGGUACCGGGCCGAGGAGGUGCACCGGACCCAGAGCACCGCUGGCCCUCAUUACAUCAGCACCUCCGUCAUCAUCAGCAACGAGAGGUGACCGGCUUCACUUCUGCAGAACCACAGAGCAUCUGUUCACACACGCAGCAGCAAGACUGAGCAAGACAUCCGGAGUACAGAGGAGGACACGGUUCAGUCAUCAAGGCCUCCAGAUGAACCUUAUAUGUGACCCUGGACCACAAAACCAGUCGUAAGGGUCCAUUUUUGAGAUACACCAUCUGAAGCUCAAUAAAUCAUCUCUCCAUUGAUGUGUGGUUUGUUAGGAGGACAAUAUUUGUCUGAGAUACAACUAUUAGAAAAUCUGAAAUCUAAAUAUUGAGAAAAUCAUCUUUAAAGUUGUUAAAAUGAAGUUCUUAACGAUGCAUAUUACCAAUCAAAAAUUAAGUUUUGAUAUAUUUACUGUUAGGCUUCUUCAUUGACCAUGAUCUUAAUUUAAUAUCCUAAUGAUUUUUGGCAUAAAAGAAAAAUGUAUAAUCUUGA